CAAUAAAAUAUAAUAAUAUAUUAUGACGGACUUCAAAUCGUUGUGAAAUGCCAUUGCAGCCCUUCACAGAUUGAUGGGCUGCAACAGUUGCCUCUCUAAAGUCACAGCGUUUGUCUCAACAGGAUCACCUCCUCUAUAACUUUAUAUGUAAGCUAAUUAGCUUUGAUUAGCAGUUUGCUUCUUUUCUCAUUAGAGUUUUGACAAUCCUGGAAACUAUCAUUUUCACACUGGUAAAAAAAAAACUUUUCCGAGAGUCUGAUUGGACAGGGUCUGUUUUGUUUUGUUUCUUCUGAUGACGGUUUUGCAUGCCUGAUGAAAUCUGUCGCAUCCUCUUUCUUUCCUCGGGAUAUUUCUGUCAAAUAAUGUGGUUUUGUGGCGGGUUCACGUUUGAUCAAUUUGCUCCAGCCACGUUUGACGUGGCUGAGCUUAUUUCCAGAUAUAUGUGUAAAACAGGAACAAUGCAGCAUUUUAUUGAGACGAACAGUACAAACAAGUAAAGGUAGCGUUUGCACAAAAAAAUGAUGAUUAAUAAGUGUAAUUUAAGUAUUGAACACUUUGUGUUAAACAUCCUUUAGUUAGCUUUAGUCUGCGAGUAUUGUCAAAGUUUCAUCGAUCAAAGGACAGAAAAUUGCGCUAAUAUUGUAAUUAAUAUUUUUAAAUAUGCUAUAUAGUACCACCGCUGCUUUUUCCUCUCUUUUCAAGCGAGGCCUGAUCUCUUGCUAGUGACUUCCCAUGGACAGGAAUGCUCUUGCUAAGCUAACGCAUUCAUUUUCGGUUGAGCUUUAAUUAGCUUCUACUGGAAGCAUGUUAGCUCCCGUUUACCCACCAUCUACAUUUAAUUCUUUUUUUAAUAUUAUUUUUCAAAGCAGACAAUCCAAGAGUUUCUGUCCCUAAACUAACAAUUUGAAUUUCCCAUUUGGUAACCUUUACCGUAACCCUAGCGACGCUAACAGUGAAAUAUCAGCAAACGGAAAGGCAGGAGAGCUAGCGUUGUCCUAGCACAUACGGGUGCCAAAGAGGGUCAAUACAGUCAGACGUGCAUGAAUUGGAUUUUUUUUUUAAUUUUAUUUGAAGAAACAAAUGCCGAGUCCGAUUGUUCUUUAGAAAUGAAUAACACAUUUAUGUGAGUUUAUGUUUGGAAGUGAGGAAAUAUCAGAAGGCGUCCAAAAGAAACAAAGCUGACUUAAUUGGUGAUUGACAUGGAUGGAAGAUAAUCGCAAUAUUAUUUUUAGACCAUGAGAUGUAUUGUAAUUUUGGGUUCAUAUCAGAAGAGAUUUUAUCUUACAAAAAAAAAAAAAAAAAUUCUUACUUUCGCAAAAGAACAACCUCCUACCUUAGCUUAUAACAAAUGUUCCCCAUUCUAAUUUUUUUUUAAAAAAGGUUCUUCCACGGUUUUGAACUUUAUCAAGAAAUCAGAUUUGGACCUUCGAACAUGACAUUUGAGAACCGCUGAUCUACAACAGCGACGCAUCACAUCAGAAUGCCAAUCAAAGGUUUAUUGGUUUCAGUUGAAAUAGUGAAACUCCUGCGGCUUAAACACAAACUGAGGACACUGAACAUGUCCAGCAUUUGUUUGUGUUGAUUUUGGGUGACGACGGUUUUACAGUUUAGGAAAAUCCAGCAUUCAUUUUCCCGGAAAAGUCUUAUUUAAAAUGAAAGUACAUUUACUCAAAAAUGCGCCGGAUGACGUGGUUUUUUUUUUGGUCAUACCGAAAUAGAUGUAUUUUGCAAAACUUGCAAAACACUUUUUCCGCAUCUCAUGAAUCACGUGAUCGACAGCCUGACGUCACUGCUGGCAGGGAAAAGAUGAAGUCGCUCCCAAGUAGGCGGGGCUUGUCAAACCCACGCCUGAAUAAGAUGCCGAUGUCUGCUCUAAUUGGCUGAUAGAUGAGGAACGCUUUGGCUGAAAUAUGAAUAUAUCUCAUGUAUCUAUUAACAACAUGACUAUAUGACUUAUUGCCUGAACAAGAUUGAGAUUUUAAUUGAAUUUCUUAUUUAACGGAAACACAGUGAUUACAAAAUUGUGUUUUCUAGUUUAUUUUAUUUUUAUUUAUAUAUAUAUAUUUUUUUUACACUAGCAGAAUAUAGACAAAGACUUGCGUUGACACCAUUAGUGAUGCCGCUUUCACCCAUACCUGCACACUUCCUUUUUAGCCAAACUUUUUCCCUCCACUCAACUUUCCAAGCCCAUUUCUGGAUACAGAAGUUAUUAAACCUUGUGUCUCCAACUGAUUGGGUGGAAAAGCGGGGAUUUUUUUUUAAAAUUAGCAGCACGUGAGGAGCGGAAACGCUUCACGGCCGCAGACAGUGGCAGCUGUUGCAGGAGUGAACUGCAGUGACUCGCGUAUUUCGGGGCGUGCUCAUCUUGUAGCGGUGAGGACAGAGAGAGAGAGAGAGAGAGAGAGAUGGGGGCUGAGUGUUUCUGACGGGAACGUAAAGAUGAAGUCCUGAAGCCCCUCUGCACACAUCGGGGGGGAUCCAUUGAGAGAGUUUCGCAGCGUUAGUCAUCCUUACAACCAUCCGCAGCGCGUGCGUGUGUGAAUGUGUGUGUGCGCGUCUGUUGCGCGCCCACCCCGUGCACCCUGAGACCCACAACUGGAGUGGGGGGGGGGGCGGGGGGGGGGCACGGUCGCACGCCGGCGGAGGGCGUUUCGCCCCGGGUUGUCAGGCUGCUUGCGCAGGACGUGGCGGGCCGACGCCGGCGACAGGGCAGGUGAUGUUUGCUCACGUCAGCCGCUCGCGUUUGAUGCGGGGCGCAGGGGACGCGGAUGGAGGGCGCGCGCUACUGUUGCACCGGAUAACUGCUGCUCAUCCUGUCCGCCCCCCCCCCCAUCCCCACCUCUUCUCGUUUCUUUCUUUUUUUUUUUUUUUACUUAUUUUCAUUUAUUUUUUCUUUUAGCUUGUUUUUGGACCAGUGGAACUCUUGAAGAGCGAAAAGACGCGGGACUACAGGAUUUAUUUUUUCGUAUUCAUUUAUUAUUUUUAUUUUUAGGCGCGUGUGCGUGGAGUGCGCAUCAUUCCUUGUGAUUCCCUCUGUACGCGCAAGAGAGGCAACGCGCCCACCCAUGCGAUGCUAGCCUAUUAGCUGAAGAGAGAGGCAGAGGGAGAAAGAGAGAAAGAGAGAGAGAAAGAGGGAGAGAGGUUUCAAGUCCUGGAUCUUAUAGAGGCGGCUAAUUUACGAGUCUUGUUUUGCCUUUCAGGAAGGGGGAGGGGGGAAACCGGGAGAGAUAAGAAGGGGAGGGUGGUCGGUGAAGGAGAAUGCAGCAAUCACAUUUUUGAGCAUGCAGAAGCGGGCCGUUUCCGGUUCCUAGGCUCGCCGUAUCAUCAGCCCCCAUCCGACGCCAAGCAGCAGCCGUAUGGGGAAAGCAGAGCCAGACCCAGAUGGCAUGGACACUUCCACGACGUCUGCCGCUCUGCCCCGCCUGCCCUGCCGGAGCCCGUUCGCUGCCGCUGCAGCCGCUGCCGCCGCCGCCGCCGCCGCCGCCGUCUCUCUCCUCCAGCUCGCUCCGCCGCCCAGCAGCACUGCAGCACAGCACAGGCUGACGGCAUGAGGCUGGAUCCGGUGCAUCUCUCCAUGCUGGUCAUCGGGGUCUCUUUCGCCUGCUACGCCCCGAGUCUCAACUCCCUCCAGGACCAGGCGUACCGAUCGGCCGUGGUCAUCGAGGGCGAGGUGCGCUCCUCCCCGGAGAACGUCUCCGCCAGCGAGCCGUACAGCGUGAAUGUCAGAGUGCUGGAUGUGUGGCCCGUCAACAGCGGCGGCCUCGAGAGGGAGCAGCUCGUGACCGUCGGGGACUUCGGCUCCGAGACGCCCUGCACCACGGUGGAGAAGGACCACAGGUACAUCUUUUUCAUGGACCCGACCGCCGAGCCGCUAGUGUUCAAAGCGUCCUACGCCCCCGUGGACGCCAGCGAGCCGGAACUGAAGAAGAAUGUGGAGAGAGUGCUGUGCGAGGACUGCGCGUCUGCUCCUAAGCUGAGGCCGAUGCGAGGCCAGUCUCUGCCUGAGGGGGGCAAGAUGUACUUGAAGUGCGAGGCGUCGGGGAACCCCAGCCCUUCCUUCCGCUGGUACAAAGACGGACGCGAACUCCAGAAAGGCAGAGACCUCAAAAUAAAAACCAACGUAAAAAACUCAAAGUUGCAGAUCACUCGUGUCCGUCUGGAAGACUCCGGCAACUACACCUGCGUGGCUGAGAACUCGUUAGGACAAGAAAACGCCACGAGUAUAAUCACCGUGCAGAUCUUGACCACCACCACCCCAUCUCCAGGUGUGAGUCACGUGAGGCGCUGCAACGACUCGGAAAGGGCCUACUGCGCUAACGGAGGAGACUGUUUCUUUAUUCACGGUUUUAACCAGCUGUCCUGCAAGUGUCCCAAUGACUAUACGGGGGACCGCUGUCAAAACUCCGUCUUGACCAGUUUCUACAAUCUUUUCAAAAAUGGAUUUAUGGAGGCGGAGGAGGUCUACCAGAGGCGGGUGCUGACGAUCACAGGCAUCUGCGUGGCCUUGUUAGUGGUCGGCAUCGUGUGUGUGGUGGCCUACUGCAAAACCAAGAAGCAGAGGAAUCAGAUGCAGCGUCACCUACAUCAAAACCAGAAUCAGUUCGUGGAGCAGCCAAACCGCGUCCUGGCUAAUGGUCCCAACCACCCUGGGCCCGGUCCGGAGGAGAUCCCCAUGCUCGAUUACAUCCCAAAGAGCGUCCCGACGACAGAGUGUGUGAUCAGCCAUGGAGCUGAGGGUGCUGGCAACUAUGCAGGCAGUCGAAUGUCAACCCGCUCCCAUCACUCCACCACUGCCUCACAUGGUUCCAGACACGAGGAGCAGACGUGGAGCAUGGAGCGGACAGAGAGCGUAAACUCAGACUGCCAGUCGGGCGGGCUCUCCAGCUCCGUGGGAACCAGUAAGUGCAGCAGCCCGGCAUGCAUGGCGAGGCGGGCCGCCAACUACGGCUGCACAGGCGUGUCAGGAAUGGGGAUGCAGUACGGGGACUCUUACGACUCUCUAAGAGACUCGCCUCACAGUGACAGAUACGUGUCGGCGCUGACCACGCCGGCACGGCUGUCUCCUGUGGAGUUCCACUACCCGCCUCUGCCGCCCCAGGUGCCCACCUUCCAGAUCACCUCGCCCAACACAAGCCACGCCCUCUCCCCGCCCCCUGCUGCCGCGGCUUACCACAGAGACGACGACCAACCGCUGCUAAGAUGCCCCGAAGACGGAAGUUUAUACAGGCAGCCCAGACGACCCCGGCGGCCCUACCUGACAGAGAGCACAGGGAGUCUGCCGUCCAGCCCCUACCACCUCCCGGACGACGAAGCCUACGAGACGACGCAAGAGUACGCCUCCUCCCGGGAACCCAUCCGGAGCCGGCGCCGGCCGCGGCGCAACCGCCUCAACGGACACGCGUCCCAGCGCUCGGCGGGCUUUCGGGACUACAGCUCGCAGAGCUUCAGUCAGUCUGAGGAGGAGGAGGACGAGGAGGAAGAGGAGGACGAGGACGCUGACGGGGAGAGCACGCCUUUCCUCAGUAUGCAGAACAUGAACAUGGACCAGCCGCUGACCGGCUCGGGGUACCGCUCGUCGGCUGGCGCGGACACACGGACUCACCGCGGGCUGAGUCGGCCGAGCGCGCGCAGCAACGGGCAGAGCCGCAGCUCCCAGUCACAGCGCUCCAAAGCCGACAACAUGCCCCUUUAAGACUGGACCUCCACCCGUAAGACCCCGUCCCGUCCCGUCCCGCCACGACCCCCGCCACCUCACACACCUCCUCUCCUCCUUCCUUCACAGAACCAGUGGACUAGAGACCUGCACCUAGGAGAAAUAUUUUUAUUUUGUAUAACAGACAGAUAUUCUAAACAAAUGAAAUAUUUAUUUUCAUUUCAGCAAAAAUUGUCUACUAGCUAACAGCAAAGACUUUUUUUAUAACGGGGGGAUAUUUAUAUGUGAGGUUUUUUGAUUUACAGCAUUAUGAGAGAUGAAAAAAGGAGAAUUACGUGCCAAUUUUUUCACAAGUUAGAUAAAUAGAAUAAUAUUGUGGUGCCUUUUGCUGUAUGCUGAAGUCGGAGGUCCCGUUGAGUUUUUGUAGCUUUUCUUAUAAAGACUCCUCAUUUUUAUAGAGACCAACCCUCUUCCUUCCUAUUGCUUUGGUUUGGGUUUUAUUAUUAUUAUUAUUAUUAUUAUUAUUAUUAUUAUUAUUAUUAUUAUUAGUAUUAUUAUUAUGUUUCGCUCUGAUUUGGGAUCUUCCUGUUUUUGAACUGUGAUCUGAUUAUGUCAUCAUGCAAUAUCGAUUCCUUCUGUGUACAAGGUGUCUGUUUACACGAGUUCGCCCCGCGCGGCGGUCCAGCCGGAUGUGCAGGGUGGAUUCCUCUGAUGAACACGCAUCUGUCAUUAGCCGCGUCCGUGUCUGCUGCCUGUCACUCAUCUUGUCGUAGUUUCUGUCGGAAAGAAGGGCGGUCAGGUGUGGUAUGUAGAGGAUCGGCGAUCUCAGAUGUCCGUCUAGAUGUUCAGGGUUCUGUCAUUACAUUAGUAUGUGUGGGUGUGUGUGUGAGAGAGAGAUUUUCAUAAAGCCUAGUUUGCGGCCCCUCACCUGACGCGUCCGCCGGUCGCCAAGCUGCCAGAAGCUCCACUGCACUGUAAGCGGCUCCCUCGCGCGAGCCAGGGAGCCGCUCGACCCGAACUGAACCCGACCAGUUCAGUUGUAAUAUCCAGCCUGACUCUGGCCUCCCGUGGACUGCCUGACCACCUCCCCGCCCGUUUCCUAUGCCAGCAGCUUAGAGCCGCACUGUGUCUCAGGACUUUCCCCAUCGCAUCACAGCCGAACGACUCGCAGCAGACAGCGCCUCCACCGACCCCUCCACCGACCCCGUCAUCCCAGUCUCAGAUCAGUCCACGCGGCCAGACCCAUACCACCGCCCACCCGCACUCACUUCCGUCGAGUUAACAGAAAGAAGAUAGAAAAAAAAAAAAACUCAUAGCCACAAGUUUAGGGCGCUGAAAGUUGUGAACGGCAUUGGAAAUUCACAGAUUUAAAAAAAAAAAA